AUGAGCGCCAACGACGAUUCCCCAAAUGACACUAGUUUUGUUGUCUCUGAUAACAAAAGACCAGGGGUCAACGCAUACGGCGUCAACUACAAGUUCUCCCCUGGCGAUAAGGUCUAUAUCAUUGAUGCUGGAGGAAAGGCAGGCCCAUACAAAGUAGAAUCUGCCGACGGCGGGAAAUACGUUUUAUGUGAUGACUACGGUAUCACUGCAAAUGGUGGGCAGUCGUAUCUGGAAGAUGAGCUUGAGCUAUACGAUCCUUUUGCGUAA